UUCCCAUCUCUGCAUUGUUACAAAGAAAUCAAAAUCAAGAAGAGUCUUCUUGUAAGAAAUAGACGAAAUAGAUAUUUUUACGAGUGUUAUUAAAACAAAAAUAAUUAUGGAUAAUUCAUUUUUUAUGCGUGCUAUGGAUUUUUGUAAGUCUCAGCAUGUAAAUAUGACAGACAUACCUGAGGAAAAAUUAUUUUUCUUUCCAAAUAUGUGCUACAUUUGUCGGUGUUUCGGUGAAAAUGUCAACUUAAAAAGAUGCAGCGCUUGCAAUAUGAUUUCAUACUGCAGUAAAGAACACCAGAAACAAGAUUGGCCGAAUCAUAAGGAAUUUUGUAAAGUAUUAUGCCAAAUGAAGAAGGCUUAUAAAGUUGAUAAUCUAUUUCAGUCAUUGAAACCGAACACCGAGGAAGAAAGAAUGGCUGUUUUUUCACAGAUUGACAUUGAUGGAAAAGGCGACAUGUUGUUAGAAUGUUUGAAGAUGAUGGCAGCCUUAUUACUAAAGAGAAAAUUGAAAAUGUCAGAAAUACAAAUGAUCCAGAUACCAAGAAUUUGUUCAGUCUGUUAUGAAAGUAAACAAGAACUUCUUGUAAAUUGCAAGAAAUGCCCUGUAAUAACUUUUUGCAAGGAACAUUUAAAUAAUCGUGAUCAUCAAGAGGAUUGUCAAAAAUUAUUCUUCAGCACCAUUGUUGUAUCGCCAUCAAUAAUGGAAAUGACAAAGACAAUAAAAUUGUCCCCUCAAAUGAAAAUCGACAAAUUACCCUCCACAAUGAUGGAAUUUCUGGAGACUUGCGUAUCAAAGAAUUCAACUGAUUCAUAUUUCGAGGAAACGAAAGAUUUAUGGAAUAAAUCAUUUUCAGACAAAUAUUCAAGACCGCUGUCAACAAUCUUCGCCAUGGAGAAAUUGGACUUGCCUAAAAAUUCAGAGAGCUUAGUGAUUCAUGUUGUAGGCGCAUCAUUGCCGGAGGAAUUCUUCAACGAUUGGGAAAUAUUGUUGCACUUUUUUAAGUGUUUGCGAAAACUUUCGAUAAUUCUCAUUGGAGACGAAUUAAUGUUUUUUGACGAUAAAAUGGAAAAACUUUGCAAAUCCUGCAGAAAAGGAAACAAAAAAGUAACUAUUGAGACGCAUCAUAAAUUAUAUGAUGUCUACUGUGAAGAAUCGAGUUUUAAAAAACCGGAUAUUAUUGUAUGCUUCAAUGCAGGUCUUCAUGCUUAUCCUACUUGGGAAAAAGGUGUACGAGUGUUUAAUAAAGGACAGUGUCCUUUGGUAGUUACAGCUUAUACUAAAGCUGAAAGUCUCGAAGACGAAAAAAUGGUUAAAUCUUCAUUUCCUUCUGGAAAUUGUGUCUACAGUGGUUGCAAUCCGUUUGAAAGUUUGAGUUAUACAAAGCGGAGAAUUGGGUUACCUGUAACUUCGUCCAGUAAUUUUAUUUUUAUCUACAAACAUCUUGGCGCAAACAUUACAUCAAAGUGAUAUUUUACAUCAGCCAAUAGUAAUCAUGCAACAUUGCUAUAAGAAAAUUUAAACUUUUUUUUAUAUUACAAAAUACUUAUUGUUAUUCUUCAUGUGCAAACAUAUUUUUUUAUACAUUUACAGCAGAGCUGUCAGUAGAUUUGUAAACAAUGUUACAAAGUAAAAUGUGGUAAAAUGUUUUAUUAUAACAAUUUUUUUAAAUAAUUAGUGUAAGAUUAAUAAACAGAGAAUUUUUAAAUUCAAAUUCUCUUAGUUAAAACAAUCUAAACUUUUGAAUCAUUUUUCCAAAAUAGCAAAUGUGAUAUAAGAUUAAUUGUUUAUUGGUUUAAAAUUAUAAAGAGUUUUAUUAAAUUUUGUAAAUGGUGCACAUAUGUAUACCAGAGGCACGAAAGGGUUAAAACAAUUUUUGCGUUCUUCAGAACUGGAAUUAGGUCCGUAAAUUUGCUUGAAGUUCGUAAAAGGUAAAAGUCAGUUUUUUUUAAAACGGUA